GGAUGACAGGGCAGGGAAGAGGAUGCACAAAGUUACGGAGGGGGGCAGAAUGGGAUCAUUGGAGGGGGCAGUGGGGAGGGAAGGAGACAGGAGUGACCCCAGGGCUGGUUGCAGAAGGAGACAUGGGGCCUUUCCCCUCUAUGGGGCGUCAUUUCCGCUCUGGCCCAGGGUGGGGACUGGCUGGCUCAGGGCGCUGGGAAAGGAGUCCAGGGCCUGGCUCCUGUAGGUGAAGCUGGACGUGAUCCCACCCUGGCUGGCGCAGGGAAUUGGGAUCGUAAGAGAUUGGUCACAAUGUGAUGGCGAGCGAGCUACCUGCUCAGACUUCCCGGGUGACACGCACGAGCUCCCGCCUGACCUCCGGCCCCUGGAAACGCCCAGCUGCCCCGGUCCCUUCUGCGGCUCCCAGCCGGCCCCGCUUCUGGGAGGGGCAGGAUGUGCUGGCCCGCUGGACCGAUGGCCUUCUCUAUCUGGGUACCAUCAAGAAGGUGGAUGCUUCACGGCAGGUUUGCCUGGUGCAGUUUGAGGACAAUUCCCAGUUCCUGGUGCUCUGGAAGGACAUUAACCCUGCCGCCGUGCCCGGUGAGGAGCAGAUCUGCUGCGUAUGUUACUCGGAGUCCGUGAGCCCAGAGAACCAGUUGGUGCGGUGUGAGAAAUGUGGGCACACCUACCACCAGGAGUGCCACCUGCCCAGAGUGCUGGAUGCGAGCAGCGAUGGGGCUGGGGUACUUGGUGCAUGGAUGUGCCGGCAGUGUGUCUUCGCUGUGGCCACCAAGAGGGGUGGUGCGCUCAAGAAAGGCCCCUAUGCCAAGGCCAUGUUGAGCAUGAAGCUGGUGCUGCCCUAUCAGUUCAAGGCUCUGGAGUGGGAUCCUGCACACCUGACCAAUCGGCAGCAGUGUUACUGCUACUGUGGAGGCCCUGGAGAGUGGAACCUGAAGAUGUUGCAGUGCUGCAGCUGUGCCCAGUGGUUCCAUGAGGCAUGUACCCAGUGUCUGAGCAAGCCACUGCUUUAUGGAGACAGAUUUUAUGUCUUCGAGUGCUGUGUCUGCACUGGGGGCCCUGAGAGCGUACGGAGACUUCCCCUGAGAUGGGUGGACGUGGCCCAUCUCAUUCUCUAUCACCUUAGCAUCUGCUGCAAAAAGAAAUACUUUGACUUUGAGCGGGAGAUUCUGCCGUUUGCCAGCGAGAACUGGGACAACCUGCUGCUAGGAGAGCUCUCGGAUACACCCAAGAGGGAUCGGUACAGCCAAUUGCUGAGUGCCCUGAGCAGCCACAAAGACAGGUUUAUUUCAGGGAAGGAGAUCAAGAAGCGGAAGGGUCUCUUUGGGCUCCACAUACGAGUGCCACCUCCUGCACCUCAGUGCCCUGGGGGCCAUGGUGGCUCCACGGCUCAGCAACCCCAGGGGCAGCCCCCACUUACUGACAGCAGCUUCCUUUCAGGGCAGGGCAGCAGUGGGGCAGGGCGCCGGAGGCCACGGAGGCGCAAGGUCCCCCCAGAACCCACAGACACCAUGGAGCUGAGGAGCAGCAGGGAGAAGUGGCAGCUGGACAGAGCCCUCACCCAGGAGGUGGUGGAGACCCCCGUCAGUGCUAGCCAGACAUACUGUGGCUACAGCGGCACCUCCAGCACCUACAACUUCCGCCGCACUGACGCCCGCUGCCUGGAGAGUGCUCCCAUCAGGAUGUUUGCCUCCUUCCACCCAUCCGCCAACACUGCCCGGACCCUGAGGAGCACCACUGCCAGCCCGGACCCCCGCGAAGCACCUGCACCAGAGAGCGAGAGCCCUGAGCAUCCCCCUACCCACACUCCACUGCCCCACGCAAACUACCCAGCCCCCAGCACCAAGCACCAGGCUGAGACCCUGGCCUCCCCUUCCUCCUCCAGCGCUCUGUGCCCGGGCCCUGCCCCCACCAGCAGCAGCUACUUUGGAGCCAUGGGGCGCCUGGCUCGUGGGGAGGCUGUCCGCAUCCUGGCCCGCAGGGUCACCCUCGAUGGCACUGUCCAAUACCUGGUGGAAUGGGGUGGAGGGGGCAUGUUCUGAGGGGGAGGGGAAGUGCCAGAGAUACACCCCCUCUAUUGGGGCUGCAGAGAGUUGUCAGCCUUUCUUCUCUCCCCCCCCCGCCCACAUACACACUGAGCAAGUGCAACUCCCAGGACAGAGUGCAGUGUCAGGGAUUUGUCCCUCUCUGACAGCAGUGGGGAUUGUACUGGGGGAGGGGGGGGGCUCUCACCCUCAGCUUGGAUAUAAGGCAGGAAUUGCCUAGUCCUGCUCAAAGAAGGGCCCUAGGGUGGAUGGUGGGGGGCAUUCCCCACUCCCACCGGGCAAAUGCUUCAUUGUAUUCAAAGGGUUUAUUUUCUUGUUGCAUUUUUAUUAUUCUGUAAAAAUUCUAUUUAAUGAAGUGCAAUGGGGGGGGAGGACAGAGCUUGGGGCACCCUGCCACAAUGGGGCUGUCCAAGGCAGAAUGGGGGCACAGGAAUGGGAGGUGGCAGCUCCCCAAGGCCUGGGAGGAGAGGGGUGCCCCCCAGCACAGUCAUCCAUCCUGCUUGUAACCUGCUGUACAGACGGCAUAUGUUCCCCUCCCCCCAGGCCAGCUGUGCCCUCUCCCCCAUCCCUGUGUGCUGAUGCUGUGGUCACCAUCGCCAUUCUGACUGUACAAACUGACACCUGCAAUAAAAAGCUUGCUGCA